AGUUACCGGCUAAUUUUUAAUUAUUUAGAAAUACCUGUCACUUUGACAAGUAAAGUCAAUAAAGAUAGAUACUGGAGAUACAAUGCUAAUUAUUGUGUAAAUAUUGUACACCGAAAUAGUUCGCAGUUGCUUAAUUUCUGCUUGAUAGAGAACAAAAACAACAUAAACUCAGAUCGUUCUACAAUUCUUACAAUGAACACCUUAUUACCGUUGGUUGUGAUUUGUGCGACACUAGCAACAACUUUGGCUGUGAACCCGUUCUCCCAAGAAUUCAUCGAUUCAAUAAACAAUGAACAAACAACAUGGAAGGCGGGACCAAACUUCGCCGAAAACAUCUCAAUGUCAUACAUCCGUGGCUUAAUGGGUGUCCAUCCCCACAGCAAAUACCACAUGCCUUCAGUCAAAACUCAUCAAUUGGAUGGUGUCAAACUCCCCACAGAUUUUGACGCUCGUAAACAAUGGCCUAAUUGUCCAACAAUUCGCGAGAUUAGAGAUCAAGGAUCGUGUGGGUCAUGUUGGGCGUUCGGAGCGGUCGAGGCCAUGUCAGACAGAGUCUGCAUCCACUCGAAAGGCGACGUCAACUUUAGGUUCUCAGCUGAUGAUUUGGUGUCAUGUUGUGCAACUUGUGGAAUGGGGUGCAAUGGGGGAUUCCCGGGAGCUGCGUGGCACUAUUGGGUUAAAAACGGACUGGUUUCUGGGGGAAGUUAUGGGUCAAAUCAAGGUUGUCGACCAUAUGAGAUUCCUCCAUGUGAACAUCAUGUGAAUGGUACACGCCCUCCUUGCAGUGAAGGUGGAGGCACUCCAAAAUGUGUGCAAAGAUGUGAAGACAGUUACAAAGUACCAUACAAGACUGAUUUACAUUAUGGAAAGGAAUCUUACUCUGUUCCAAGUGCUGUGGAGCAAAUUCAGAAAGAAAUUAUGACUAAUGGACCAGUGGAAGGAGCUUUCCUAGUUUAUGCAGACUUGCUCAGUUACAAAAGCGGUGUUUACCAGCAUGUAAAAGGCGAAGAAUUGGGUGGCCAUGCCAUUAGGAUUUUGGGUUGGGGUGUCGAAAAUGGUACUCCUUACUGGUUAAUUGCAAAUUCUUGGAAUUCGGAUUGGGGUGAUAAUGGGUAUUUCAAAAUUCUUCGAGGACAUGAUGAAUGCGGCAUUGAGGGCGAAAUCGUCGCCGGUUUACCUAAUUAUAAGCAAAAAUAAACUAUUGAUUUUUAAAGAUUGAGGUUUCCAGAAGUUGAUAUUUCACUAAAUUAACUGCAAACAAAGUUGUUUUUUUCACUUCUACAUUCACUUUUGGAAACAUUAAAUGUUAACGUUUUGCCUAAUUUUAAAUCAAUAAUGUGAAUUGUUAUUAUAAGCACCAAAGAAUGUGUGACAUUAAAAAAUAAAAAAAACAGUUGUAA